AUGCCGACCACCACGACUCUGGCCCUACUGGUCCCGCUGGUCAUCGCGGCGGCGGCGCAGAACGUGCUGGAAUUCGGGCUGCAGCGAGGCCCGGUUCACCAAGCAGUCCAGCGGCGCUCGUUGCAGCGACGGGCUGCUGGCACCUAUGUCGAGACUCUCGUCAACAACGUGACGGGCGGCAGCUACUAUGCGUCGGUGUCGGUUGGCACGCCGGCCCAGGCACAGACGGUGGUUGUCGACACAGGCAGCAGCGAUCUCUGGGUUGUUGCGUCCAAUGCCGACCUCUGCACAAACCAGAAAAUGCAGGCUGAAUACGGGCAACACUGCGUAACAACUUAUGAUCGAUCUGACAGCUCAACCUACAAGCUCAUCGAACAGGGUGGCUUCUCGAUCACAUACGUCGAUGGCACGAGCUCGGAUGGCGACUUUAUCUCGGACACGUUUAGCAUUGGUGGGGCGACGAUCAAGGCGCUGCAGAUGGGGUAUGCGACGAAGAUCGUGAGCGGUGUGGGCGUGAUGGGGAUUGCAUUCAACUCGAGCGAAUCGACGACGCAGACGUACCCGAACCUGCUGGACCAGUUUGUGGACCAGGGGCUGAUCACGUCCAAGGCGUUCAGCCUGUACCUCAACGACUACCGGUCUGACGGCGGAUCGCUUCUGUUUGGCGGUGUGGACACGGACAAGUUCAUCGGCAGCCUGUCGGUGCUGCCGAUCGUGCAGACGACCAACAGCAACAGCAGCUACACGAUCCUGGCCGUGUCCCUUGGCGGCAUGUCGGCAACGGGCAGCUCAAAGGGCAAGGCGACGACGAUCCCGUUUGACAGCACGCUGCCGGCGAUUCUAGACUCGGGCACGACGCUGUCGUAUCUGCCCAACUCGCUGGCACAGGACGUAUUUGACGCCGUGGGCGCGUACACGGACAAUGAGACAACGGGCUACACGUUUGUCGACUGCGAUGCGGGCGCGUCGAUCUCGCUGACGUUUACGUUUGGCAGCAAGACGCAGGUGACGGUACCGGCGUCGCAGAUUGUGCUGGACAUAUUUGCGGGCGAGGAGGACCAGCUGCCGCAGAACGUGCCGUUCAGCCGGGCAUGUCUGUUUGGGAUCCAGAGCAUGGGGGAAUCGACGGAUGCGGGCUCGGGCUCGGAGUCGAAGUCGGCCUUUGCCUCGACGUCGUCGUACGCGCUGCUGGGCGACACGUUUCUGCGGUCGGCGUACGUGGUAUACGAUCUGACCAACGACGAGAUUGCGAUCGCGCCGGCCAACCUCAACAGCUCGACGUCGACGAUUGUGCAGAUGGGGACGGGGACGGGCAUUCCGACGGUGACGGGCGUGAAGAGCCAGCAGACGACGUAUACCGGCAGCGCGACGAAGACGGCCGACAGCAGUGGCGGGGCGGUGACGGUGACGGCGUCGCCGACGGGCACGACCCAUUCCAAGAGCGCAGCAGUGCGGGCGAGGCAGGACGGCGGCCUGGGAGCUAUUGCUGUGGCCGGGAUGGCGUGCUUGGUGUCGCUGGUCGGGGGGGCAUUUCUAGCUAUUUGA